AUGGGUUCAAAAAAAAGUGAAAAAGAGAUUGAAAAAGAAAAAAAAACAAAUUUAAAAAAGUUACAUAAAAAUACAUUAAAGAAGUUUCUUUCAGAUGAACCAUCUUCUGGUAAUUUAGGAAGUGGUAUAAUCACUAAAGAGAGUGAACUUUCAGAAAAAGAUAAAUCUAAAAAAACAAAGAAAUUAUCAAAAAAGAAAUUAGCAUUAUUACAACAACAGCAACAACAGCAACAACAAGAGAAACAACAACAAGAGAAAACAUUAGCACAACAACAAGCUGCAUUAGCACAACAAAUCAGUAACCAAAAAGCUUCAACAAAAUUAAGUUCAACAGAUUACAGUGAUGAUGACGAUGAAGAUUAUGAUGAUGAUGAUGAUUCAAGUGAUGAUGAUGAAUUCUCAUCAGCUUCAAUGGCAACUUCAAUUGCAUUAACACCAAAAGAGUUAUAUAAUAGUGUUGUAAAUAAACAAAGAAUUAAAUUUUCAAAAUCAAUUCAAUUCACUCCAUUAGAACAAGCAAUGCAGUUUGCAUAUGAUGAUCCUUCUCAUAUUAUUUUUAUGGUUCAUUGUGUUGAUUGGUAUUUUCAAUCUAGAAAUUUAGCAUCAAAUAUUGAACAAUUAUUUUCAAAAGAUAAAAAUGUAUUAUAUUAUUUUAUAGAUCAAUCUACUAUGGAAUAUAAAGAAAAAUUCCCUGGUGAUAUAGCAGGUGUACCAAUUAUUUCAAUUUAUUAUAGACAAAAACCAUUUAAAAUUAAAAGAGAUACACUUCAAUAUGAUUGGGAUGAACAAGAAAGAAUAAAAGCAUCAUAUAGUUUACAUCAUUUAAAAGAAUUAUUAGAACAUUGUAAACAAGCUAUUGAAUCUUAUCAUCCUGAUCAAAAUAUUGAAAUUUUAAUUGAUUUUUAA